GAGAGUGAGAGAGAGAGAGAGAGAGAGAGAGAGCAAGAGGGAAAGAAGCAGCAGGAGGGGGGCUGAAGGACGUCUCGUUCCAGUGAGGCAGUGAAGCACUUCAAAUCAAGACAGCCUUGGUUAAUCUGUGUAAAGCUAACAAGUCAGCUUCCAAGAGCGUUUUUAUUUUCAAUCUGUUCUUUGAAAGAAAUGAGGCCCUGCUGAAGACAAAGAAGAAAAAAAACAUUUCUUCCUCAUAUUCAGAAAAACCUUUUGCACAAAUAGAAAUCAGACAAGUGCAAUAAGCAAAGCGCUGAAGUUAAGAAAGGGAAAGUACAAAGACAAAACUUUGAACAAGGAUUGUGAAUUAAGAGUCAAGCUGCAGCCAGCCGAAGCCAGUGGAAUGGACCCAGGUGCCCGUCGGAUCAAUCCCCAAGUGCCCGCACUGCUGUCUGAGGAGGAGGGCUGAGGAUCUGUUGCAACGACAACCAACUCAUGAAUGAGGAUGAAUGGAGAUGUUCUUUAGCUAAAGCUUAAAACAAACAAUCUUGCCAAUUCAUUUGUGCAAGCUGGACCAACGCUAGCUGACAGCUGGAAGAAGAGGAGGCUGUGGAGAGGAGUCAGGGGGCCCAGAGCCCUUCUGGUGCCUCUGGCCCGGAGGAGGGGAGCACUCAGCACACCGAGGAGGGACACGACUUGCAGGAGGAACACCACGGAGGGGCAGAAGUGGCGGGUGUCGGGCGUCGCAUGGCCGUGCAGAGGCUGGUAGCGGCAGCGGUGGUGGUAGCCCUGCUGUCCCUGGUCCUAAACAAUGUUGCAGCCUUCACCCCCAGCUGGGUCCUGCAGGCUCUGGAAGAUGGACGCAAGCGGAGUGUGGGACUGUGGAGAAUGUGCCCCAGUGGAGGGGAAAGGGGCCGGGAUGACCUCCAGGGGGGCAGCAAGGUGCAAGGGACUCAGAGGCAUUGUGAAAGCCUUGGAUGGGGUUCUGAGAAUGCAGGUUACCAGGAAUCCCGCAGCACUGUUAAAUUGCAGUUCAACAUGAUGCGGGCAUGUAACCUGAUGGCAACGGUGGCUCUGACUGCUGGUCAGCUGAUCUUCCUCCUAGGCCUGAUGGAGCUGCCCUUCAUCUCACAUGAGUCCCAAUGGUGGGAGGAGGCCAUUGCUGCACUCUUUCAGCUGGCCAGUUUUGUGCUUGUGAUUGGACUUGUGACCUUCUACAGGAUAGGACCCUACACACACCUGUCCUACUCCUGCUAUGUGAACAUAGCAGCCUGCCUUCUGGCUACAUUGGCUGCAGCCAUGCUCAUCUGGAAGAUUUUACACCGACGAGAUGACUGCCUUGGACCUCAAGUAAUAAUCAUCAGUCGCUCACUGGCAUCAACUUUUCGCCCACGCCUAGACAACGACUAUGUGGAGUCGCCUUGUUGAGCCAUGAGACCUCACGAGCAAAGCCGAUAAGGAGUUAUCACCAAAAGGGACGAGAUUGUUUCCUCGACAGCUGGUAUUUUACUCCACUACCUGCCUUAAAUGUGACUCAAAGGAGAGGACGCAUUCCAGUGGCUCCACGGCAACUAGUUACCUGCAAUUGUACACAAUUUUUGUUACUCAUGUCCCUAUAAAUGUAUCAGAAUAAUUUUGCUGCUUAAAGCACAAGUCAUAUAUUUAACUAAAAUUAACAUGCAAAGCAGCACCAAAGUUUGAAAUAUAACAUAUUGUAGCGUGUUGCACGUAUUUACACUUGGGUGGGCUAUUUGGUAGCGAGUAUGGAAUUUGUAUGAAGACAGUCUUAUAAACUAUCUUUAUGAAAUGAUCAAGCUGGAACUGGACUUAUUUCGUUAAAACUGCACUUACUGAAUGGUCCCCUGCAUGAUUCUAAAUCGCAGACAUUUGAAAUUGAAAUAUCUUAACUCAUAUUUAGAUCCCACUUUAAAUCUUUUUACAAUUUAGACAUAUGUAAUUUAAUUCUAAACCAGAUGCUGCGCAGUGAUAUUUUCAUCAUAUUACCAAAUAAGCCAUUGUCACAUAGUUUUAACAUAUACAGACAAAUGCAAACUGAAAAAAAAACGAUGUACCUAAACCUGAAUCUUUAAGAAUUUUCCACCAAUUCUCCACCACAUAUAAAUAUCUAUUUUUCAGAUGUGUUGCAUUUAAUGAUGACAUGAACAUUAUAAUGCUUAAAUUGAUUUUUCAUUAUUUUUAAUUUCUUUGUAAACUACUUGCUUCUGGUACAUUCUAUGAACUCAAUAUGAUAUAAAAUUAAAUUAAAAAAAUAGAAUAGAAGUAAUGAUGGUAGUACGGUUUAUUGAGACCAUACUUUCAUACUUCUGCUUAGAAUUGUUCUACGUGGGUUUUCCCAAAGAAGACUUUUAAAAAGUGGCCAAUAAAAACAAUAUGUUUAAUGUAAAUUGUAAAAGUGACAUAAACUGUAAUAGAAAUAUUAAAUAUAAGUAUUUAAAUACAGCUGAAGUUGUCUGGUGCUGAUGAGAAAACCUGACAUAUAGACAAUGGAGAACAAAUUAUAAAAGUUAAGAUGAGAGACAGGAAACAAAGCUAUUUUAAGUGUUAAGGGUCAAGUUAACCCUUUAGAAACUUUUUUUUCCAAGCCCACUAUUAUAUUUAACAUUUUAUUCAUUUACUGCUCUUUCUGGAGUUUUCAGACCCAUUUAAAACCCAAACAAUUAACUUCAGGUGAUUUGUCUUAAGGUUUAUUAAGUUACUUAUUUAUAGAACACACAAAAAAAUUCAGAUGUCUCAUGUAUGGAACACACUUAAAAAUUCAGAAAGAAGAACACUAUUAUCCAAAACACAGCUCCUUGUUAAAAUGUACUUAAACACUCACGUGGAUAGAGGAUAACCUCCUUCUUGUUAGAUAAAAGAUGUGCCAUUUUAUUUUAAAUGUAAUUUAAAUCAAUACUAGUAGUUAAUUUUUUUUUUUUUUUUCAUAGAUAUUGUUAAACAAGACUAAACGAUGCAAAAUCAUAUAGUUUGGCAUUAAUACAAAUAGGUAUGUUGGUGCAGAAUUUAAUGACAAGAGCGCCUCUCAAAUCUUUACCACAGUUGGGACUGAUCAUGCUACCAGGGACACAGACACUGAAAGAAUGGCAUAUAUUGAAAACCCAUAUAUCCUACAAGCAAAUGUUACACAGUCUUUUAGAAACUAUGGGUGAAAAGAUGACUUCUACGACAGAAUAACAGUACACACUUACUCUCACUUCGAGAGAUACAACCUGAACGUUUUGUCAUGGUCCUCAUAUUCUCCAGACCUAAACAUAAUCUAUGGGGGCUGGAGAUCAAACUGCCAUCAUCACGACUGGAAGACAACCUGAAUAUUUUUCACAACUAGCCCUUUAGGACUCAGAACAUUCAGUGAGUGACGCCUCCACUGACACGUAAGAACCAGACACUGAAGCCUCUUCCAGAAGCAAACUUAGAAUACUGCAAUGUUGUGGAAUUUAUAGUCAACUUAUAAUUGAAGCGUUCCUGUACAUCAGGGAACGCACUGUACUUAUGUGACAUAGAUGUGGUUGUCCCUGCUGUUUCCUAUAGCUAUUUCAUUAUAUUGCCUCAAAUAAAUGUUGGAAAUAUGCCAAAGCUCUGGAUCAAAAAGCUAAAUUCAGAAUUAAAUAUGAAAGCCAUUGUUGAUUCAAAGAUCUACCUCAGAGACAUAGGUCUCAGAAGAUACAGGUUACUGUAGCAGGAAUUGCAAAAUCCUGUAAGUGGGAGAUAUCAGUCGUUAAAAAAAAAAUAGGAGCAGUGUUAAAAAUAACCAUCAAUGAGGAAUUAGUAAAACUGUCAUCACUUCUAUUAAAAAUCUUUGGUAUAUCCGGUCAGUAGAAUAUACUGUUCUCCCAUUUGUUUGUUUUUAUGCCAAUUUCCUAUUUGCGUAAUGUCUGUACGUGUGAAAGCAACAGUACAGCAGAAAGCAGAAUGAGUGCCCUGACUCACGUAUUUUCCAGAAUAUGAUAUUGGAUUACUGCUGAAAUCCCAAAGACAUUCUUAGAACAGACACACGCACUUACAAGCACGUACAGAUGAAUGAGCACACACUUUUCUGAUGUGAUUUAAUGUUUGCAAGAAUGGGAAGGGCACUCCUUUUGGACCAAACUGGCAUGGGGACCUCCUGUAAGUCUGUAUGUGUGUGUGUGUGUGUGUGUGUGUGUGUGUGUGUGUGUGUGUGUGUGUGUGUGUGUGUGUGUGUGUGUGUGUGUGUGUUUCAGAUAGUGUUUAGAAAAUGACAUCCCCUCCGAACACACCCGCAUACUAACAAAAACAGUCUUUUAUAUACACAUUGAAGAGUUCCUUCCUCAAACAGAUGCAAAGAAACUCCUUAAUCAUGUCCUGUAUUUUAAAAUCUUUUU